AUGAUGAUAAUCGUAGUGUAGACAUUUCACUUGACGAAUGAACAGAGAACGAAAGGAGGUGCUGCAUAUGUCAGUUUUGCGAUGUGAAUGAAAAGAAAAAAAACUCAAAAAAUGAAAUCAAUGAAUGAACUAUUCACAAUGAAAUCAUAAAAUUAAUUUUUUGCAAAUUAGAAACAUAUUAUGAGUGUACGUAAACGACGGAGUGGUCAAGAUUCGGAGCAGUUGCGGGCACGGGAAGUGUAAAGUGUAACUUUGCCGUAUAGAGGUGUUGUUUCUCACCGAGACAUGUUGUAAAUGUAGGUUGGCGUUGGCGUUAGAAGAUAUUUGAAAUUCCUUUCAGUAACUACGCCCAUGUUAAUAGGAACGUACACUACCAGCUUCACCAAAUGUUAUUUUUGCGAAAAUUUUUGAGUGUUCCACAACUUUUUCUCUAAUCAUGGUCCCUAUUAUGGAAUGUGUUUUCUUUGGUUAAAGUUUUCCUUUUGAAUGCGGUAUACAUAAAAUGUGGAAUAUGAUGUGCGACGUGAUGCCCACUAUAUCGGAGGAUAGCAUCUCCCAGAGGUCCUCACAAUUCAGCGGCGAAGAUGCUAACUUUGAGCAGUUGAUGGUAUCCAUGCUCGAUGAGCGUGACAAAUUGAUGGAUAGCUUGAGGGAGGCUCAGGAACGUUUAAGUGAAACCGAACAGAAACUUCAUGAUAUCGAAAAGGAAAGGGAUAGUUUACAACGCCAAAUAAAUGCAAAUUUGCCCCAGGAAUUUGCAACACUGACCAAAGAGCUAACACAGGCCCGUGAAACACUCUUGGAGCGUGAUGAGGAAAUCGGUGAAUUAAAGGCGGAACGCAAUAACACAAGGUUACUACUUGAGCAUUUGGAGUGCUUAGUUUCACGACACGAGCGUUCACUGCGUAUGACCGUCGUUAAGCGUCAAGCUGCAGCUCAAAGUGGUGUCUCAAGUGAAGUAGAGGUUUUGAAAGCCCUAAAGAGUCUCUUCGAACAUCACAAAGCUCUUGAUGAGAAAGUACGCGAACGCCUACGUGUUUCUUUGGAGCGUAAUAAUGCGUUGGAAGCCGAGCUCAACACAGUAAAAGAAGAGCUGCAACAAUACAAAUCUGGUGCUGUUCAGGCUGCGCGAGAGGGUAGCGCCGAAAAUGGAAUAAGUGAAAAGAAUGGUACUGCUGUCAAUGGCGAAAGUAAUGAGGCCGCUAUUGCUGCUGCCAACGAAUAUGCCGCAAAAACACAUGAACUGCAGACAAUAAUUGAAAAACAAACCUCAGAGUUGUCGGAAUGGCAAAGGCGUGUGUCUGCUUUGAAGAAUAAAUGCGAUGAAAUUGAUGACAGUCUUGCGAAAGUUACCAAGGAUUAUAUGAAAUCACAAGAACAAUGUUCGAAAUUACAAAGAGAUCUGAGAGAAAAUGUAGCACAAAAGGAAGAUCAGGAGGAACGCAUUGCCACACUAGAAAAACGAUAUUUAAAUGCUCAACGUGAAUCGACAUCAUUGCAUGACUUAAAUGAAAAGUUGGAACAGGAGCUAAGGCAUAAAGAGGCGCAAUUGAAGUUGCACGAGGAAAAAAUAUGUGCCAUCGAAGAGAAACUGGAAUUGUCCGAACAAAAGCUGGCGCAACAAGCAAAACUGCAGCCCGACAUGGAGGAACAACUUAAAGCACGUAUGGAAGCUUUAACAAAGGCGCAAGAACGCCAUGGCUCGGCGGAGGAUCGCAUACAACGGCUAGAGGCCAAUCUGGAUGAGAAAAGUGCCGAAGUUGUGAGACUAAACCAAAGACUUAAAAUGAACGAAGACCACAAUAUUCGUUUGUCGUCAACGGUGGACAAACUGCUGUCCGAGUCUAACGAUCGUUUGCAGGUGCAUCUGAAGGAACGCAUGCAUUCCUUGGAUGAAAAGAACGCUCUGACCCAGGAGCUGGAAAAGGCGCGCAAGGUGGCUGAGGAAUUGCACCAUGAGAAGAGUGACAUAAUGAAGGAAUUAUCCAAGACCCGUUUGGAAAUAGAGAACUUCAAGCGCCAGCUGUUGCAGCAGGAGAUUGCCUAUAAUAUACAGCAAACAGAGGCUUUAACCCGAAGUCUUUCGCCCAGCAGUGUGGUGGACGGAGGUCAAGCAUUUUCACGCAGUGCUUCCCAUGCCAGCUUCGAUACGCACUCAUUGCGUAGAAACAAAUCACGUUUGCAGGAGGAAAGUGAAAACUUUGCCCGCUCCAUGGCCGAGCAGGAAUGGGAGAGCAUUCAGCAGGCACAUGCGCAACAGGCUGCUUAUGAAAUCUCCGCAGCAGUGGCCGCUGCUGAAUGUGAGGAAGCUCAGGUCUUGUUUGGUGAUGCCGAUAUGAUGUCGCCCACAGGGCAUACGGAUGCGCAAACCUUAGCAAUGAUGUUGCAGGAGCAACUUGAUGCCAUAAAUAAUGAAAUUAGAUUAAUUCAGGAAGAAAAACAAUCAACGGAGGCCCGCGCCGAAGAGUUGGAGUCGCGAGUAGGCAGUUUGGAACAUGUUAAUUUAUUGGCACGAGGGCGUUCCAUGGACCGCCAAAGUCCUCCAAUGAGCGGUCGCAGCACACCAAAUAGUCCCAACCGCGAUUUUAUGCAGAAAUAUCAUACUCUCAAUCUACCAGUGUUAUCCAGUGAUGUGUCGCGGGAUGAUAUCCAUGGCAUGACAACCACCACAGGUGAUUCUAGUUCGGGCGGUGCAGCAUCGCCUUUAACCGCACGUUCAAUGCGUCUGGAACGUGUUGCACAAGCCCUCGCUCACAGUCAAGAAGAAUUACGGCGGCGUUCUAUGGGCCUAUCGCCCAAUCAACAAAUGGCUAAUAACUCAGGUCACAUGACCAUUGCACAUUCAGGUUAUGGUCUAUCACCACUCAGCUCACGUUACGGCAGUCAAGAGUCGUUGAGUCGCCACUUCAAUACCAUGGGUUCAAUGUCUAUGCUACAGACUCCCACCUCAGGCGGUGUUCGAGGAGAUGGCUCCUCGGUGGUGCAAAAGAAGAAGGGCAUCAAAUCUAGUUUAGGUAGAUUCUUUAGUAAAAAGGACAAGGUAAAGGGCGCCAAAGAUACCCUACCCGACGGCUCACCCAGCAUGAUGUCUAUUGGCAAUUUAUCAAUGGGCUUGAGUGAAACGGAAUCAAACUAUGACGCAAUGAGCAUGACAGGUGGCAUGAUGCCACGCAUAGCCAGUGUACCAGGUUCCAAAAUAUCCUCAGUAGACUAUGGCAGGCAGAAGAAAGAGCACGACUAUCGCAAUGACUUGCUGGGAGAGGCUAUGAAGGCGGGGACACCAUUUGCUCUAUGGAACGGUCCCACCAUUGUGGCUUGGCUGGAACUGUGGGUUGGUAUGCCCGCCUGGUAUGUUGCCGCUUGUAGGGCAAAUGUUAAAAGUGGAGCUAUUAUGAGUGCUCUUAGCGACACUGAAAUACAAAGGGAAAUUGGUAUUAGUAAUCCUUUACAUAGACUCAAAUUGCGACUGGCUAUACAAGAAAUGGUUUCAUUGACAUCACCUUCGGCGCCGCAAACAUCACGAACAACCUUGGCAUUUGGUGACAUGAAUCAUGAGUGGAUUGGUAAUUAUUGGUUGCCAGGACUGGGCCUACCACAAUAUCGCACAACAUUUAUGGAAUGUUUGGUUGAUGCUCGCAUGCUGGACCAUUUGACGAAAAAGGAUUUACGAGGACAAUUAAAAAUGGUUGAUAGCUUUCAUCGUACAAGUCUUCAGUAUGGUAUUUCAUGUUUGAAACGCCUUAACUAUGAUCGCAAUGAAUUGGAACAUAGGAGAAAAAUGUGUGAGAAUGGUUUGUGCGAUGUAAUAGUAUGGAGCAAUGAAAGAGUUAUACGUUGGGUCUCCAGUAUCGGCCUGAAGGAAUAUGCCAAUAAUUUACUGGAAUCUGGUGUUCAUGGAGCUCUAGUAGCUCUGGAUGAAAGUUUUGAUGCUAAUGCCAUGGCAUUGGCUUUACAAAUACCUACACAAAAUGCUCAGGCUCGCCAAAUUUUAGAUACAGAAUUUAAUAAUCUUCUACAAAUCGCUACCGAUCGCAGGCCAGAGAAUGAACAUCUCAAUAAGUCCUGAUCUUGUUCUCCUCCUCAAAACCAAAUAAAUACAACAACAACACACAUGCAGCUAUUUAAUACUAGUGAGUCUUAGGUUUUCUACGGCAAUAUUAUCAUUAUCACCCGUCGUCAUCCAGCGCCGCGAGUAUACACAAUAUAUACAUAUAUAUAUAUAUAUAUACAUUAUGUGAAUGAUUGGCUCUAUGUGCGCUCUUCUAAGAAGUGAAAAUGAUCGGUUGUAGAAUGGAAACACACACACACCCGCUCCCGCUCCCACUCCAAAAAGAAAAGAUCACAUACCCACACAUGACGCACUGUUUGAUAAUUGCGCCAUCUGCUGUGGUGUUUCCGAAACCUCAAAGCCUUGAAGAGACAAGACAAGAAAUAAAGGAAGAAUGAGAAAUAGAAGAAGGAAGUGGUCGUCGUCAACGUGUUCAUGUUUAAACCAAAUUUUUAAUGUAAACGCAAAAGUGAAAAUUAUUAACAAACUACGGAUACUACUGUUGUUAUACAUACACAAACAUACUUAAUUUUUUAAGUAUGACGUUAAAUGAAAAAAACCAAGAAAUAAUUUACACACAAUACCUAAGAGAAUUAACAAAAAACAAAACAAACUCAUCCUCGAAUUGCUUACAAAAAACCAAUACAAAUCUAAAACAAAGAACACAUACACUCAUACACACACACACAUACAAUACACUGUGGCUAAAACUGUGGCUACAAUGCAACAGUUUUACCAACAAAAACAAA